AUGCCGGUGUUGGCUGUCCAGGGCUUCAGGAUGCUGUGCGACGACCUUAGUAAUUUCCUCAUCGGCAACGGGCUGUCAAACGUUUUUGACACAGAUAUGGAACCUCUGAGAGGGUACGAUGAUGGGGUUUCCGCAGAUGAAGAAGAGGAGAUUGUAACGGUGUUUAGACGGAAGGGCAUAGACUGCAACCUCAAAAUUGUGCUGCCCUGGGUCGACGUCGACUGGACUUUCGACCCCUCGACAUGGGUCUUCGUUUGCUUCCACUGGGUUUACCUUCUCUCUAAUAAGAGGAUCGAUAACGAACUGGACAAGCCAGUCCCCGCGUCCUUUGAGCAUCUCCGUCAGGUGCUCCAGGUCCAAUCGCCUAUCUGCCAGUACCUCUUAAACACUAAUAAAUCGAGUGAUUGGAAUUCUGAUGGGCUCGAUGAGGAGCUAAAUAAGAUUCCGACUUGCGAUAAGUGCGGUCUAAUAUUUACCACCGACAACUCCGGAGAUUCUCCGCGCAGAGCAAGGUAUCAGCACAUGGGCAAAGUUCACGGCAAAGCGGGAAGUUGGCCACUUCCUGACAACAUUUGA